AUGUUAUCUUCGGUAGUUAAAAAAACAACAAACUUCACAUUAAUUCGUUCAUGUACCGAUAGAGUAAUAAAUAACUCACAAAAUAGCCAGUUAACUAUAUACCAAAGAGACCAAUAUAAGAUGUCAGAGUCUUUACAAUAUUGCCUUGAUCAGAUCAAACAAUCUGCAGAUUCCAUUUCUACACUCUAUUUUAAGCCUCCUGGUAUUUUCCAGAAUGCCUUGGUGCAUAGUUCUACAACGUCUUAUGCAGAUAUAAUUACCAGAUUGAUAAGAGAUGGUGAUCCGAUAGACGAGCUUUCGCUCUUCAGUGUAGAAUCAGAGGGUAAGAUACGAAGAAAGGACGGAAAGGUUGGCGUGUAUGAUCAUCUCACGGAACGUGCUGCUUCAUUAAAGCGCAACCGAUUAUUAGGUUUGCCAGAGGAAACACCAAUUGUGCGUGUACCAAAAGAAUUCUAUUUGAGGCAACACGACCUUGUUACCAAAAAGAAGGAGAAACAUAACAGGGACUUUAACUUUGAUGAGUAUUCUCAAGAAUCUGGUGGCAUGUUUGACGUCUUACUCAAAACGUUCACGGCUGAUACCGAGGCCAAAAAUCUGCUAUACGCACUCCAGAAUGGCAGUGUGAUCACUGAUGAAGGUUUAUCUUCUAGAAGGAAAACUAUGUUUGUAGAGGACUUUGCUGCAGACCUAGUGUUGCGUCUUCUCCACGAGAUAGUCACACAAUGGCCACUUAACGAGUACAGAGCUAAGUACAAUCGUCUACUCUCAAUGUACCAAGACAUCCACGAAGACAUCCAAAAGCUGCGAGCUCAAGUGGACGCCCAGGAAUCCAGGCUGCAAUCCCAGGAAGCUAUCACAGACGCGGAAGACGACUACGAGGCCUCUUCCGAACCUUCCUCAGGUGUUGCCCUUCUGAUACAACAAGAACUUGAUGAAAUAAAAACCUUGGAACGUGAAAUAGGACAAUUAAAGUACCACUCCAGUGAAUAA